AAAUAAGCGGUUUUCGCGUUUUGCACCAGAGAAGAAAAUUUCUAAAUUUUCACUAAGUUUCUGCAAUAUAUUAAGCAAACGACAUGCGGAAGUCAAGGCAAAAUCCUCCAAAACCUGUGUGCAUAGUUGAUGGAUGUUCUACGACGUCUGUCACUGGAGAUUUUAGUCAGAGCAAGAAAAUCUUUUUCCACAAGUUUCCCAAUAAACCAAGCAAGAGGGAAGAGUGGAAGAGAGCACUGAAUGUGAAGAGUGUCACUAAAAAGAGCCUUGUUUGCUAUAAACAUUUCAAUGCAGAGGAUUACAAGGAGAGCAGUUCACGACUUACAAGAAAUGCUGUUCCGCACCUCGGCUUAUCUAGCAGCAGCAGCAGCAGUGGAAGUCUUAAUCUCGAGAUCUCAGUGAAGGAAGAGAUCAUCUCAAAUAGUGACGAAGUUUGUCGCUUCUGCGUUGGCAAUACAUUGGAUUAUUCCUCAAUUUUCCAGGAUGAUCUUCACGAAACCCUGAAAUCUUGUUUUGGAUUGAUGAUUCAGAAGAUGGACAACUGGCCAAAGUUCAUCUGCCAGCAAUGCUUGGACUCCGCGAAGGCUUGCAUAGACUUUAUGUCGAGAGUUCGCGAAAGCGAAAAGUGCCUCAAAGAUCUCUAUGGGGAAUAUAGAUACACUGAAAGCAGAAGAAAGACUGAGAUUAAACCAGAAAUUGAAGUGGUUUACGUGAAGCCUGUGUCUGACAUCAAAGUUGAGAAGGAAGACUUAAAUGAGGAGCAACCAUCGAAGAGAGAGAGUCCUGAUCCGCAAAUUCCGCAAGAAGCUAUCAAACAUGAGGCGAAAGAAACUGAAGAAAUGACUGAGGAGGCUGAUGACCCGGAUCAUGACGCCCAGGAGGAUUUACUGCAGCCUUUGAAUUCCACGGGGAACCUAGAAGACAAAUACAAGAGAAUUGAAGAUUUCUACAAGCUGGAGUGCAAUCAGUGUCCGGAAAAAUUCUCCAAAUUAAAGGAACUUCAGGCUCACUAUCCAGCCGUUCACAAGAGAAAAGCCUACGUUUUUUGCUGCAAAGUGAAGCUGAGUCGCCUUUCCCGGAUGCUUCAGCACAUUGAUUUUCAUAUGAAUCCCGACAUUUUCAAGUGCCAGGAGUGCGGCAAAAAUUUCAAAAAUAAGGUGGGCUUGCAGCUGCACAAAGUGAACAGCCACACACCGCAAGAAAAGCACAUAUUUAAGUGCUCGAAAUGUCCGAGGACUUUCAUGAACAAACACCGACUGGGAAAUCAUUCCUCCACUCAUCUGAAGGAUUCCGAGAAAAAGCAUAUUUGCCUGGAGUGUGGCAAGGCGUUUCCCGCUCGAGCAAAUCUCAGGAUUCACAUCCGAUACGUGCAUGAGGAGUUCUCCUAUCACGUGUGUGAGAUUUGUGCCAAAAUGUUUAAGAACAAAGAGUCCUUCGUGCGACAUCAGAAAGUACACACAGGCGAGAAGGAAGAGACUUUUCCGUGUCCAAUUUGUGGUAAAAUCUUCACCGAGAGGCAGCUGAAGAUUCACAUAAAGCGCCAUAACGAAUCUGACCAGGUGUUUCGGUGUCACAUUUGCGACCGACAGUCAUCGAGCAAAAGCUCCCUAAAUCGACACAUACGAAUUGUUCAUGGCGAGAAGAAGUACAAGUGUAAUCUCUGCGAAAAGACAUUUAACAGGCUCAUCUACUUGAAGGAGCAUGUUGCAACUCACACAUCGAAUCAGAUCCUUUAUUCUUGUCUCUUCUGUCCGAAGUUGUUUAACAGCAACGCAAAUAAGUAUGUUCACCAGAAAAGACAGCAUCCCGAAGAGUAUGAAGCGAUGAAGAAGAAGAAAGCUUUGGAAGGUAUUGUUGCAAUUCCUUAAAGGUUGACUUCU